AUAGGUAGUAUAUUGUAUUUUGAUAAUAUUGCGACUUUUAAACAAGUGUUACAUGUAACUUAGAACUAGAUCUUUCACAAAAUUUUGAAAGAAACCAUGCAUACAAAUUAAGUACUAGAUAGAGUUGAUCAACAUUUAUCCACCCAUAAGGAGUGUCAUAUACCCAUAAUUAUGCAUUUCAACAUAAUUACAUCUUUUUGAUUUAGGAUUCGACCUCACCGACUCGACCCGAACUAUGAUCACAUUUACUCAUUAAGAUUGAUAAAAAUGUUGUAUACAAGUAGUUAAGUACAUUAUUAUUCAACGACAAUGACAUCAAAUAAAUACUAAAGAAUAAAGUAAACGAUUUCCUCUAUUGAAAAAAAUAAAUAACUUCCCCUCCAUUCAAAAAAAAAAUAAAAAUAAAUAAAUAACUUCUCCAAAAAACUUCUAUAAGAUAUACUUCGUAUUAGUAUACUAUGUAAUAUCUCAUGUAUUUACACGGGUACGCUCUCGUUAAAGAAAAUGGAGAGAAUAAAAAAACGAGGGAGAUGAGGUGGGAAGAGGGGCAAAGUGGCAAACUAGAAAAGAAGGAACUAGAAUAUUUAACAAGCAGGAAAACAAAACACGUGUAUUGGCAUUGACGUGGCUGAUAGCCUGGCAAAGUUUUACCUUUUUUUCUUUCUCAAUUUCAUUCCCCCCUCUUUUCUCGCUUCUGCAUCACCAUUCACCCCAACGCCAUGCCAUUUUCUUAAUUUUUCUAUUAAAUCCACCAAAUUAAACAUAAACCCCAUCAAAAUUUCCCUCCUUUUUUUUUAUACCCAGAAAGAAAUAAUCAUAAAGUUUCCUUCUUUACAACUUAAUGGGGUAAAGAUUGUAUCUUUGACUGAUACCCAGAAAAAAAAAAGGGAGAGAAUUUGGAGGAUUAUUUUAUACCCAGAAAAAAUUAAUCAUAAAGUUUCCAUCUUUAGAAUUAUAAAAAUAUAUUGGAAUUAUCUGGGAAUUGUACUGUUUUUUUUUUGCUGCAUUCAGGUGAAUUUGGAGGAAUAUUGUUGUUUUGGAUUCAAAGUUUUGAUGCACUUGUGGGCGGGCCCCCAUUUUCCACUUGAACACUAGGGGUAAGGCUGCAUUUGUUCGACUCCUUCAUCAUGCUUUAGAGUUUAGACUUGAUUAAUGGGCUCUUAAGAUUUGGAUACAUCAUGGGAAACAGCGAAGGGGAGAAACCAACAAGAUCUGAGAAAGCAGCGUCUCCUCCUCGUGAACAGAGUAGCGUUCAUGUUUAUCCUGAUUGGGCAGCUGUUCAGGCAUAUUAUGGAUCAGGAGCUUUGCCACCACCUUACUUUAAUCCAGCUGCUACAUCUGGACAUGCUGUUCCACCAUACAUGUGGGCACCACCACAAAUGAUGGCGCCUUAUGGAUCUCCUUAUGCAAUGUAUCCACAUGGAGGAAUGUAUGGACCUUCUGCUGCACCUAUUUGUAUGCAGAUUCCAGCUCCCUUAAGUUUAGAAACUCCAACAAAAUCAUCUGGAAAAGAUAGUGGUUCUGGAAAGGUGACUAAAGAAUCCGAUGUUCAUGCAGCGUCAGGCAACGGCAAUGCCAAUGCUGAGAGUGCUGGAGAUGCAGCUGCAGGUGUCCGUGGCCAGUCACUGAGCACGGAUUGUGGAACUGAAGGUUCUUGUGAGAGAAGCUAUGACAGUUCGGCAAGAGAGGACAAUAGUAGUAGAAGUUGUAAUGGGGUACUAGACACAGGUAUGUGUAACAUGCAGAUGAACAAUGUAGUUCCUGGCAUCCCAAUGGCUUCUGUGAAUCCUGUGGGGAGCUCUCCCGCAAAUGGAGUAAAUUCUGCUGCCCCUUGUGCACCCCGACAGGAUGAAAGGGAGCUAAAACGGGAGAAGAGGAAGCAAUCCAACCGAGAAUCUGCCAGAAGAUCUAGGUUAAGGAAACAGGCCGAAAUGGAAGAAUUAGGGAAAAAAGUUGAUAAUUUGAAUGUUGAGAAUCUGGCCCUUAGAUCUGAAAUAAAUAAGUUGGUGGAAGAUUCAGAGAAACUGAGAUCCGAAAAUUCUUCACUAAUGGACAAGCUGAAGAUUAUGCAGGGACAAAGUGAUGAAAUGGACUCUGAAAGGACAGAAAAUCAAGAGACAUCACAUAUUAAUACUGAGAACUUGCUAUCUAGAGUAAACAACCCGGUCUCCAAUGGAGUGCACGAGCAAAGUGAAGAAAAAUGAAACCCGUUGAUGUAUAAAUAACUCAGUCUAGUCGUUUCCCCCCCCCCCCUCCCCCUUUUUUUUAGCCGGAGAGACCUCGUGGAUAUAAGCUGACCAAAGGACCAGUUUUGUUGUGUCCUAAAGAACUGUGACCUUAAAUUAUGGCCAGUAGACCAGUAGUUGGCACAAAACAGUUGGUAGCAAAAUAGACAGGUUUUUAGAGUUUAUGUAGUCACAAUGUUGUAGACUUGUAGUCAUGUUGUGUGUUCUUUUAGAUGUAAACAAAAUUGUAUCCAGUUUGGUAGACAAUUUUUUUUUUCGUGGGUUGUUUCAUAAACUAAUCACUAAUUGAAUGAAUUUUUUGGAUAUUGUAUUGUGCCUGCGAA